UGAACCAACGAAGAAGAAUGUUUUAAACCAGGAAGUCAAUAUUUUUACAGGAAGCCAGCGUAAGCUUCCUUUUGUUUUGUUUUGUCUUUGUUUUCUACACCACACUGAUUGGAUUUUUUCAUCAGAGGGUCAAGCUGGAUUACUGAAUAGGUUGAGGUGUAUCUUAUUUGGUUCUAUUAAGUUUAUUUUUUCGACGUUUGGUGACGUUUGUCAUUCGCUGUGAGUUAGCUCGGCGAGCUCUCCACAAAGCUAACAGGCCUGAAGGCCGAUCAGUCCAUUGUCUGUCCGUCAGUCAGAUACUUCUCCUGUUUUUAUGAAGCAACGAGUUCCAGCGUUAAACCUCUUUUGGACACAUCAGUAACCACUCUGAUCAGAACUCCUGUACCACUGUCACCUGCUCAUUCUCCAGGUAUCGUUAGCUGUACCUGCUAACGUUUGGUCAGUCGGUGUGCUAAUCAUCGUUCGAUACCGACUCUGAAACUGCCUGACAGUUCACAUAAACCAACUCUAACACCGCUGAUCGGACCACCAUGUACGCCCCACCGGGUUCUGCUGCUCCUGGAGGCCGCAGAAGGAGAGGGGGGACCUCCGUACCCAAGCAGCCGGAGCGGAGCCUGGUGUCGGCUCUGCCCGGAGCUCUGUCCAUCACCGCGCUGUGCACGGCGCUGGCAGAACCGGCCUGGCUCCGUGUACAUGGGGGCACCUGUCCGAGGCAAGAACUAGGGGUUGCAGAUGUCCUUGGGUACAUCGAUCCCAAGCUUCUGGGCGAUUACUGUCUAAACCCGCAGACCAUCCUGCUCCUGAGGGUGAUAGCUGCGUUCUGUUUCCUGGGCAUCCUGUGCAGUCUGACUGCGUUCCUCUUGGACGUGUUUGGACCCAAGCACCCAGCACUGAAGAUCACACGCAGAUAUGCAUUUGCACAUAUUUUAACAGUGUUGCAGUGUGCCACAGUGAUAGGCUUCUGCUACUGGGCCUCGGAGCUCAUCCUGUCACUACAGCAGCAGCACAAAAAGUACCAUGGAUCUUUUAUUUACGUCACUUUUGCCAUCAGCUUCUACCUGGUGGCAGGAGCCGGCGGAGCCUCCAUCCUCGCCACAGCCGCGAACCUCCUGCGCCACUACCCCACGGAGGAGGAGGAGCAGGCUUUGGAGCUGCUCUCGGAAAUGGAGGACAGCAGUGAAACUUUUCCUGCUGAUUAUGACAUUGCUAAUCAGUUUCAGCCACCGCCUGCCUACACGCCCUAAUGCCGCCAGACUGGCCUUGUUAACACACGCUUCUCUCUCUCUCAGCACGGCUAUUGGCUUGAUGAGCAAAUCCCACUCUUUAUCAAAUGGAUAUCUUCGCAAAAUACUCCCCAUAAUGAACACAGCGUGCACGGAUGGUGCAGAAACUUCUUUACUGACAGUGCUUGGGUGCAUGAAAGCUUUUAGUGGUGGCAGAAAUUUAGGAGAUGAUUCUUAAUUUCACCACUGAAGUUGUUAGUGAUUUGCAUGUAAAUGGCUUUUAGGAUUUGGUUCUUACAUGUGAAGCAAACUAAACUGCAAGAAGUGCUCAACAUGGCUCAUCAUAAGUAACUGAUGAAGCAGCCACACCUGGAUCAGUGCCAAUUAUUGAGGCUGGGCUGUCGGCACAUUGUCAGCAGUUGUGUUGCUCUUGGUUGGACGUGGAUGGAGCUUUGUUUAGCAUCAUUUCGAUGUCAUUUUUGAUAAGCCUGUCAUCAUGUCUGAUUUUAAUUUUACCCAAACAUCAGAAAUGCAGACAUACACUGAGAAGUUUGUUUUAAACAUUUCUUUUUUAAAUUAAAUCAAAUGGACAUUAUUUAUUAUUUAGUUGUUUGUGCUGUGUCUUCUUUCCUUUCUUCUUGCUUUGUAGACAUCUUUCACUGGUUUAGUCUUAUUUAAUCACAUUUGUACUUGAAUUAAAAGGACAAAAUGGUCUCAAAUUCUGUGAGGCUGAUGUUUGUGGUGUUUUAAAGGAUCAGUGUUGGCCUUUGUUGCGUGUUGAGAGCGAGCCUCGGAGAAAAACAGAAAUCUUUUCUGUAUGUUUCACAAUAAGUGAAAUUUAGUAACCUUGUUGCAUAAGUUGGUUUUGUCAUGUUUCCUGUGUUUGAUUUAUGAAAGAAACCUUAUUUGUAAUUUGUGAUUACCACGUGUGGCAGUUUGAGUAUGUGUUUUCUAUGCAUGAGUUCUUAUGUGUGCAAAUUUUAAACCCUUCAGACAGUCUCGUGAGAAAAUCUCCCACAAGGUUUCAGCUGAGGCUCAAAAGUUGUGAUUUGGUGACUCUAGUUGACUGUUUGUUUAGUUUUCUCCAUUUUUUGCAUUUUGUUCCACAAAUUAUUGCUUUAUUUUCAUCACCAGUAUGUAAAUAUUGAUUGUUUAUACAUAAAAAGUGGUCAUAAUAAAAUAAAUGCCAUA